GUAAACUCGAGGCGGAAAACGAUCGAAAGAUGGGCUUUUGGUCUAACCUUUUCAACAAUGCGGAGAAAGGCUUCACUUUCUACCAAACCUACAAGACUUUUAAGAGGGGGCUUGAAGAUCUUUGGACAGAUAUCAAGAAUGGCGACGGAAAGGCUUGGUGUAGAGUUAAUGGCCUAGCUGUUGGUGCUUUGGUUGGUGUUUGCAUGACUAGAAGCAUCGGGGGCUGCGUGACUGGAGCUACGAUUGGUUAUGCCGUCGGUGAUAUCGUCGCUGGGCAUAUUUUUCCC